ACCCCACAGAAAUGGAGCCGAAGGAAGGGAAGCCCGCUGAGGAUGGGGCCGCUGUCUCCCCCCCAAAAGAGACCCUGGGGGAGCAAGGAGGUGCUGCAGAAGAGGAAGCCCAAGGCUCAGAGGGGAGGACCGACGAAGAAAGGCCUGCAGAAGGGGCUGGAAAGCAGGACAGGGCGCCCGCAAAGGACGUCAUUUCCGCUGACUCCCCCGGUGAAGCAAAUGGAUUGGAGGAGGUCAGAGUGGACGCCAAAGAGCAGGCUGAGCUUCAGAAGCAGGAUGGCGGGAAGGAAGAGGCCACAGUGGCCCCUCCGGAGGUGACUGAUAGGAAAGAAGAGGCCAAAUCUGAAGCCAAGGGGGCUGAGGAGAAGGAGACCUCGGUGGCCGUCUCUGAGAAGCAGAAGGCCGAGGAGAAAGAGGCCCAGCCUGGAUCUCAGGACAAAACUGACAGGAGUGAGGAGGCCAAGGCUGAGCCAAAGGUCAAGGCCGAAGCCAGGGAGGCUGACGGGAAUGGGGAGGCCGCCAGGGCCUCUCAGGAGGGGAGGAGCAUGGUGGAGGAGCCCCAGGUGGAGGCCUCGCCUGCUGGGGCAGAUGAGGUCACGGAGGGGCCUCCGGACACUGACAGCAAGGAGGAGCCGAGGUCAGCGGGCCCCCAUGAAGAGCAGGACCAGGGUGUAGAGAGAGAGGCAGAGGGAAGAACCCCGGGGACCCCCAGCUCCCCCGAGGAGUGGCCCGAGAGCCCCACGGAGGAGGGCAUCUGCCUCAGCCCAGGUGGAUUGAGCCCAGAUGCCGCAGCUUCUGGAGAGUCCAGUCCUUCAGCCAGUGAGUCUUCGCCCAGUGAUGUGCCCCAGACUCCCACAGAGCCCCCACCGGCCCAAGAGAAGAAGAAGGAGAAGGCCCCCCCGGAGCGCAGGGUGUCGGCCCCUGCGAGGCCCAGAGGGACCCGAGCACAGAACCGCAAAGCCAUCGUGGACAAGUUUGGGGGGGCGGCCUCGGGCCCCACAGCCCUGUUCCGAAACACGAAGGCGGCGGGGGCGGCCAUCGGCAGUGUCAAGAGCAUGCUGUUGGAGUGGUGCCGCGCCAUGACCAGGCGCCCACAGCACGUGGAUAUCCAGAACUUCUCCUCGAGCUGGAGCAGCGGCAUGGCCUUCUGCGCCCUCAUUCACAAGUUCUUCCCCGACGCCUUUGACUACGCUGCUCUGGACCCCACCCAGCGCCGGCACAACUUCACCCUGGCCUUCGACACCGCCGAGAACUUGGCUGACUGUGCCCAGCUGCUAGAGGUGGAUGAUAUGGUGCGUCUGGCUGUGCCCGACUCCAAGUGCGUCUACACCUACAUCCAGGAGCUGUACCGCAGCCUCGUGCAGAAGGGUCUGGUGAAGACCAAGAAGAAGUGAAGAGCUCGCCGGCCCCGUGGGCAGAGCUGGGCUUGGAAGGGCAGCAGCCCUAGUCCUAAGUCCA